AUGUCUCGUAGAAAAACAAAACAGUCAUCAGAGGAUGUUGAUCCUAAUGAAAUUGAAAUAUUAGAAUUAAAACACGCAAGAAAAGUUAUCACGGAUAGAUUAAACAGAUUCGUGGAAUUUUUAUAUCAGGAACGCGAAAAAGACAUUCUAAAUUUAGAUGAAUUUCAAAUCGAAUGUCGGCUAAAAAGUGUCGAAGAGGAUUUCUCUGAAUUUGACAAAACUCAAACACGCCUAGAGUUUCUAGAUUCAACAGAAAUAGAUUAUCGCUUAGAUACAGAAUCAUGUUUUUACAAUCAAAUUUCCCAAGCCAAAAAACUUAUUUCUUUAGCUCAAACUGCGCUUACACAGCAAAAAUUAGCAUCCGAUCCGCGUUAUUUGGCGACGGAGGCAGCGGCAGCGGCUUCAUCGUCACAAGCAGGCGUUCGCGUUGUUGCCAAUAGUAAGAUUCCGGAUUUUGCUCUUCCUUCUUUUCACGGUAAUUAUGAGUCGUGGUAUAGCUUUAAAGACGUUUUCUCUUCGAUCGUAGGUAACAAGCAGGAUAUUAGUGACAUCGACAAAUUGUUAAUUUUAAAAUCAUGCUGUAAAGACGACGCGAAAAAAUUAAUCGAUUCAGUUGAGCUAACCUCAGAUAAUUAUACUAUCGCCUUUGAAUUAUUGAUGAAGCGAUAUGAAAAUCGUAGAGCAAUAAUCAACACGCACGUAAAUAAAAUACUAUUUGACCUCCCAAACGUACAAAAGGAAUCAUCCUUUCAUCUACGAAAAUUGUUGGAUACAUUACACCAACAUUUAGCCGCGUUGGAAAAAUUAAAACUUCCUGUGAGACAGUGGGACGUUCUUCUAAUUCCAAUCAUAGUGCAAAAAUUAGACGAUCGUACUAAGCGAGAGUGGGAAAACAAACAGACCGAACAACUACCAACUUUAGAACAAUUAAAAGAAUUUUUAACCAAAAAAUGUUUCACGCUAGAAGCUGUUCAAGUAACAGACACUCAAAAAUCAUUUAAUACGCAAAAUAAAAAUUCGUACAAUCAAAAUUCUCAACAUAAAGUUGCACAAAAAUAUUUACAAAAGGGUAACAGACUAGUUUCUUGUCCUAAUACCCAAUUUCAAGAUAACAAUUACUCGAACGACAAUAAUAACUCGGCUUCUAAAUUUAAUCAAACAAAUCAAUACUCCGGCAAAUUUGGUCAACAUUUUUCUUGUUUCAUUUGUAAACAAAAUCAUCCUAUUUUUACAUGUCCAAUUUUCAUAAAUCUUCCAAUCUCAGAAAAAUAUGCUGAGAUAAAUAAAAAUAAACUCUGUAGUAACUGUUUAAGGCCAGGACAUUUAAAGGUAAAUUGUUUAUCAAGAGGAUGCAAAAUAUGCAAUCGUAGGCAUAAUACUUCUUUGCAUACUAAUGAAAAUCAGAUCCAAAAUAAAAAUAUGACUUUGCUCGCUCAAACGUAUCCUCAGCAACACGCUAACUUCUCAAAUAAUCCUCAAGAUGAUAGUGGCAAUCGCUCAAUUUAUACUCCAGGCAUAACACGGAGCGAUAACGCACCUCGCGUUUUUGCACAGAAUUCAAAUCCAAAUUUUAGACAAAUUCAGCAUAAUGAAGCGCCGCGAGGUCAGGGUUUAUUGGAACCGGAAAUAAAAAAUAAUCGCGAAGUUUCAAAUACAAAAGUGAACGUUGAAAACCCACACGAACUAACUGAUAAUAAUCAAAGAAUGUUUACGUACACCACUUUAAGUACAAAUCAAGUACUGCUUUCGACUUCAUCUGUUUUGAUUCAAGAUAGUCAAAAUAAAUGGAUAAAAUGUAACGCGCUAUUAGACUCGGGAUCGCAGUGUAAUUUGAUGAGUCAAUCUUUAUUUAAUGAAUUAAAUUUAAAAAGCGAACGAAUUGACAUUCCUUUAUCGGGAAUUAACCAAAUAGAAACUAAAAUUACUAGUAGAACAAAAACAACAAUUAAGUCACGAUUUAAUAGCUUUAAAAUGGAUGUACAAUUCUUAGUCUUGCCGCAAAUAACUGAAAAAUUACCGAUAUUUAAAUUUGAAAAAUCGGAAAUACAAUACCCGAGACAUCUUGAUUUAGCUGAUGAGCAAUUCAAUACACCAAAACAAAUAGACUUGUUAUUAGGAGCAGGUAUUUAUUUUGAUUUGCUACAAGAGGGUAUUAUAAGAUUAGGUAAAAACAUGCCAAUUUUAAAAGAAACGGUUUUAGGAUGGAUAUUAACGGGGAAUUUAAAUUUAAAUACUGAUAUGUACCAAAGGCAAGUGUGUAAUGUAGCUACAAAGAUUUCAAAUAAACAAUUACAAGACUCUUUACUUAAAUUUUGGCAAAUUGAAGAGCUAGAAGCAAAAAAUAUAUUAUCAAAAAACGAACAGUUCUGCGAAGAAUAUUUUAAAAAUACCACGAAACGAAAUGAAGACGGUUCAUUUAUAGUAAAAUAUCCAUUUCUAGAAGAAGAUAAAGAUAGGUUGGGAAACUCGAAAAUUACAGCGUUAAAAAGAUUUAAUAGCUUAGAAAAAAGAUUAAAUAGAAACGAAACACUAAGAAAUCAAUAUAUUGAGUUUAUGGAAAAUUAUGAAUCGUUAGGGCAUAUGACGCUAAAGGGCACAUUAGACACAGAUAAUUCAAUUGAUAAUCGUUCAUAUUUUUUACCGCAUACAGCGGUUCUUAGGGAUUCAUCGCUGACGACAAAAUGUCGCGUUGUUUUUGACGCCAGUGCGAAAACAAAUACGGAUAUCUCAUUAAAUGACAUCAUAUUAGCAGGGCCUACAAUACAAGAAGAUCUUUUUUCUAUACUUUUAAGAUUACGCCUUAGAAAACAUGUUUUAAGCGCUGACAUUAAAAUGAUGUACAGAUGUGUUCAAAUUGAUUCAACUGAGCGUAGUUAUCAACAAAUUUUAUGGCGUAAGGAUUCCAAAGAAAAAAUUAAAGUAUUUGAAUUAAACACUGUCACAUACGGCACCUCGAGUGCACCCUUUCAAGCGACGCGUUGUUUACAUGAACUAUCAUCACAAUAUAAAGACAAGUAUCCUCGUACUUCAGAAAUUAUACUUUUGUUUCAUGACCAAAAGGAACUAAAAACCUUGGGAAUCAAGUGGGAUCCUAAUGAGGAUGUUUUAAAAUAUGCGGUUACACCUUACACGAAUGAAAAUAAAAUCACUAAACGUAAUAUUUUAUCAACCAUUGCGCAGAUUUUCGACCCCCUUGGGUUAAUAGGUCCGUCAAUCAUUAAAGCUAAACUAAUUAUGCAGCAACUUUGGCAUUUAAAGAUUGAUUGGGACGAAGAUAUACCGAAUGACUUAAAAACAGCUUGGUUGGAAUUUAUCCUACAAAUCGAUUAUCUUAACAAAAUAAGAAUUCCUAGACAAGUGUUAUUAACAGGUAUAAAAAAUCUAGAAUUGUACGGAUUCUGUGACAGCUCAGAAAAAGCAUACGGUGCGUGUGUAUAUGUAGGAUCAAUGAAUAAUAAUAAAAACCAAAUUAGACUUUUAACAGCAAAAUCUCGUGUAGCACCUCUCAAAAAACAAUCAUUACCUCGUCUCGAACUAUUAGCAGCACAUCUACUAGCGGAAUUAAUUCACAAAUUGCAAAAUAUUUUAGACAUGAACAUUUCCAAAAUAACUUACUUUAGCGACUCAACAAUUGUACUUUCGUGGUUAAGAAUUGAACCAUGUCAUCUUAAAACGUUCGUAGCAAAUAGAGUAGCAAGAAUUACACAGAUUUCUGACGUCGAAAGGUGGAGACAUGUAAGAAGCAAAGACAAUGCUGCAGAUAUUAUAUCGCGAGGACUUAAUCCUAAGGAACUUUCAGAAAAUUACAUCUGGUUUAACGGGCCAGAAUUUCUUAAAAACAAUAAUGUUAUCGAAAUUCCUUAUUUGGACAAUUCAGAUGAAUUACCGGAUUUAAAGUUAACAUUGUUAUUAGCUCGAGAAACAAAUACGGGUAAAAUCGAUAUCGAUAUUUUUGAAAGAUUUUCCAGUUUCAUUAAGUUGCUACGAGUAUUUGCUUAUAUACUAAGAUUCAAAGAUCGAGUAUUAAACAAAGUAACUCAAUCGUCUAUUGAGUUAACAGUAACCGAACUUACCGAAUCUCAACAAAAACUAAUCAAAUUAGCUCAAAGUGAAUCAUUCCCGGAAGAAAUAUCAAGACUGAACAUUGGUAAAACUCUAAAUAAAAAUAGUAAAAUUUUAAGUUUGCGACCUUUUCUUGAUCAACAUAAAAUCGUAAGAGUAGGUGGUAGAUUAAGUAAAUCUGAAAUAACUUUCAAUCAAAGACACCCCAUAAUUUUGCCUUACAAACACAAACUUACCGAUCUAAUCAUUUUAGACCAACACACAAAGUAUUUACACGCAGGGACUCAGAAUUUGCUUUCCAUAAUUAGGUUGACUUACUGGCCUAUUAACGGUAAAAAUGCCGUUAAAAGAAUCGUCAAAUCAUGCCUAAAAUGCUACAGAAAUAAUCCUAAACCGUGUAAAUUUCUAAUGGGAGAUUUACCAAGUGCAAGAGUAAAUCCCAGUAGACCGUUUUCGAAUUGCGGUGUCGAUUAUGCGGGACCUAUUUAUGUAAAAGAAGGCACAUUGAGAAGAAGUAAAAUUGUAAAAACAUAUUUAUGUAUAUUUGUGUGUUUCUCUACCAAAGCAAUUCAUAUUGAAUUAGCUAGAGAUUUGACAACGCCAAGUUUUUUAAAUUGUUUAAAAAGGUUGUGUUCACGCCGCGGAAAACCGAGCGACAUUUUUUCCGACAAUGGGUUAAAUUUUAUAGGAGCAAACAAUCAAUUCUUAGAGUUAUAUAAUACGUUAAAUGAUUGCAAACAUAAUGAAACAGUAUCACGUUUUUUGUCAGGGGAUAAAAUAAAGUGGCAUUUUAUUCCUGCGCGGUCAGCACAUAUGGGCGGACUUUGGGAAGCCGCAGUUAAAUCAGUCAAAUUUCAUUUAAAGCGAGUUAUUGGCGACGCUUCUUUGACGUAUGAAGAAAUGUAUACUGUUCUGGUACAAAUAGAAGCCUGCCUAAACUCACGUCCUUUAACGCCUAUAUCAACAGAUCCAAAUGAUUUCCAACCCUUAACUCCCUCGCAUUUUUUAAUUGGCGACUCACUAGCCAGUCUACCAGAAGAAAAUAUAACCGAUCUUCAGAUGACCAGACUGUCCCGUUACCAGCAUAUGCAGCAGCUUUACCAGCAGUUCUGGGUGCGGUGGUCUAGGGACUAUCUUUGUCAAUUACAAACACGAUCCAAGUGGAAGACGGAUCAAGACAAUUCCUUGAAAGUUGGUGCGUUAGUGGUACUAAUGGACGACAAUUGGCCGCCAUUAAAAUGGACAAUGGCUCGAAUUGUUGACAUACAUAAAGGUGCUGAUAACAUUGUGCGGGUAGUAUCGGUGCGUUUGCCUAACGGUACGGUUUCUAAACGUGCAAUAAACAAAGUAUGCUUAUUGCCCAUUGAAUAG